AUGGCGACAGGCUCUUUAGUGGGCAGUAUAGCCCAAGAUUUAGGGUUAGAAAUAAAACGAUUGAUAUCAGGUAAAGCGAAGAUCUAUACGAGGAACAGCGACGAGUACAUCGAGCUGAACAGAGAAAGAGGAGUCCUCCUCGUCAAAGACAGAAUCGACAGAGAGGUGCUGUGUACAGAGACGGCGCUGUGUGCUUUACAUUUUCAGAUUAUUCUAGAGAAUCCUAUGGAGUUUUACACGGUUACUGUUCAGAUCACAGAUAUUAAUGAUAAUGCACCAACCUUUGAAAAAAAUGAAAUUAACUUCAAAAUCAGCGAGUCAGCGGUUAUGGGGGGAAAAUUCGUCCUCGAAAGGGCUGAGGAUCUUGAUGUUGGAAAUAAUGGUGUUCAAAACUACGAAUUGAAACCAACAGAUAAUUUUGCUCUGAAACUGGACAAUACCGCAGAUGGUCAUAAAAAUGUUGAGAUGGUGUUACAGAAGCCUUUAGACAGAGAGAAACAGGAGCAGAUCUCUCUCGUGUUGACGGCUGUAGAUGGAGGAGAGCCGCAGAUGUCAGGAACAAUGCUGAUUGUUAUUACAGUUUUAGACGCUAAUGAUAAUGCCCCCGUUUUUACACAGCCAACAUACAAAGCUACAGUUACUGAGAACUCACCUAAAGGAACAGUUGUUGCCAUUGUUUCAGCCUCGGAUGCAGAUGAAGGCUCGCAUGAUUUAGGUUUAGAAACCAAACGACUGACUGCUGGUAAAGCUCGAAUUUAUACCCGAGACAGCGACGAGUACAUCGAGCUGAACAGAGAAAGAGGAGUCCUCCUUGUUAAAGAGAGGAUCGACAGAGAGGCGCUCUGCAGACAGACGACGCCUUGUGCUUUACAUUUUCAGAUUAUUUUGGAGAAUCCUAUGGAGUUUUACAGUGUGACAGUCCAGAUCACAGAUAUCAAUGAUAACGCACCAACCUUUGAGGAAGGAGAAAUCAAAUUCAAAAUCAGUGAGUCAGCAGUUAUCGGGGCAAAAUUUGUGCUGGAGAGAGCUAAUGAUCUUGAUGUUGGAAAUAAUGAUCUUCAAAGCUACCAAUUAAAACCAACAGAUAAUUUUGCUCUGAAAGUCCACAGUAACGCUAAUGGCCAUAAAAAUGUUGAGAUGGUGUUACAGAAGCCUUUAGACAGAGAGAAACAGGAGCAGAUCUCUCUCGUGUUGACGGCUGUAGAUGGAGGAGAGCCGCAGAUGUCAGGAACAAUGCUGAUUGUUAUUACAGUUUUAGACGUCAAUGAUAAUGCCCCCGUUUUUACACAGCCAACAUACAAAGCUACAGUUACUGAGAACUCACCUAAAGGAACAGUUGUUGCCACUGUUACAGCCUCAGAUGCGGAUCAAGGAUUUAACGGACAAAUAACUUAUUCGAUCACAAAUACAUUCGAUGACGUCAGGAAAGUAUUUAAGAUAAACGAGGAGAGUGGUGAGGUUACAUUAAUUGGAACUAUUGAUUUUGAGGAGUCACGAAAUUUUCAAGUAAAUGUACGUGCCAGUGACAACGGAGGACUCACAGAUUCUUGUAAAUUAUUUGUCGAUGUGCAAGAUGUAAAUGACAACAAACCUGAAAUCAACAUAAUGUCGAAAUCAAAUGUGAUAUCUGAGGAUGCCAAACUCAAUACAGUGGUUACAAUGAUAAAUAUUGAGGACAAGGACACUGGAGAAAACGGAAAAGUGCAAUGUUUCAUUAGCGAUAGUGUGCCGUUCAUUUUAAAAACCUCAACAAAUAAUUUCUAUAGUUUGGUGACAGACAGUGAUCUGGACAGAGAGAGAUCCUCUGAGUAUAAUAUAACAGUGACGUGUUCUGAUGAGGGAGUGCCCUCCCUCUCCAGCAGCGUCACUCUCACCUUACAGAUCUCUGAUGUGAAUGAUAACGCGCCUGUCUUUGAGAGGAGCUCAUAUGAGGCCUACAUUGUAGAAAACAACACACCAGGCCUCUCUAUAUUCACAGUGAAAGCCAGAGACGCUGACUGGAACCAGAAUGCCCGUGUUUCUUACAUACUGGAGGACUCCUCUGUUAACGGAGUGCCAGUCUCCUCAUAUGUGUCGGUUAGUGCUGAUAGUGGAGUCAUCCAUGCAGUGCGCUCUUUUGACUACGAGCAGAUCAAAGACUUCCACUUCCGCGUCAAAGCGCAGGAUGGAGGCUCCCCUCCACUCAGUAGCAACGUGAGUGUGAAAAUACUGAUCCAGGACCAGAACGACAACCCUCCUCAGGUGCUGUACCCAGUGCAGACUGGUGGCUCUGUGGUGGCUGAAAUGGUGCCUCGUUCAGCAGAUGUGGGCUAUCUGGUGACUAAAGUGGUGGCUGUUGAUGUGGACUCUGGACAGAAUGCCUGGCUGUCCUAUAAACUGCAGAAAGCCACAGACAGGGCGCUGUUUGAAGUGGGCUUACAGAAUGGAGAAAUAAGAACUAUCCGCCAAGUGACUGAUAAAGAUGCUGUCAAACAAAGACUGAGUGUUAUAGUGGAGGACAACGGGCAGCCCUCUCGUUCAGCUACAGUCAUUGUUAACGUGGCGGUGGCGGACAGCUUCCCUGAAGUGCUGUCUGAGUUCACUGACUUUCCACACGACAAGGAGUACAAUGACAACCUGACUUUUUACUUAGUCUUGGCUUUGGCUGUAGUUUCCUUCCUCUUCAUCACGUGUUUGGUGGUUAUUAUAUCAGUGAAGAUCUACAGAUGGAGACAGUCUCGCAUCCUGUAUCACUCCAGCCUCCCUGUCAUUCCAUAUUAUCCACCACGUUACUCAGACACUUUGGGGACAGGGACUCUCCAACACGUGUACAAUUACGAGGUGUGCAGGACGACAGACUCCAGAAAGAGUGACUGUAAGUUCGGCAGAGCCGGUAGUCAGAACGUGUUGAUAAUGGACCCCAGUUCUACAGGGACGAUGCAGCGGAUACAGAGUGACAAAAACAUCCUGGAUGAACCUGACUCUCCUCUAGAGGUUAGUUUAAUAUUGUAG